UUUUUUUUUUUUAAGGAAAAUGAAACUCGGGACAUAUCCUCUCUGCAGAAUGGUAAACGAUGAAAAUUCUGCGGAGAUUAUGGAUAGCAAAUCAGUUGUACAUGACAAAUUGAAGUGAGGUUAGUUUAAGGGUUUCAAUGAAAGAAGAUACAGGUAAAAUUUAGAAAUCAGACUAUUUAAUUUGAUUUUACGAACCUCAGGUUGCCUAACUAAUUCCCAUGUGUCUAGGUAGUGAAAAAAAAAGGUAUAACUUACAUUGUCCUUCCCUGUUAUGACUGGCGAUAACUCAGAUAAAUUUUAGUGUUCGAUAAAAGCUGGCUUUAUAUUGUUGUUUGUUUUGUUUUUUUCUGGGUUGGGGGAUAAUCUUGGCACUUCAAUCAGCUUUACGAAAAGCAGGCUGACAGUAGAACGCAGACAGUUUUGCUGAUUGCAAUAUGUUUGCUUUAGCAACCUUUUGUUUUGUGGUCUGUUGUACGUCUCCCUUUCUAACAUGGGCAAAACCUCUAGAAAGUCAGACAAGUGCUCUACAACAUAUCUCAGAGUCAACGUAUCCAGAUUCCAACUUUGACUUGUUCGAAGGGGACAUUGCCGGAAUCAAUGGCUUUGACGUGUUAGCCGGCCAAGAGCCAAAAAACGCUAUAGUAUACGAAAAUUUACUGUGGCCAAACGGUGUGGUCUACUAUAGCAUUGCCGACAACUUCACUACCACUGAACUUGACAUAAUUACCCAAGCCAUAAACGAGUACGAGACGAAAACUUGCAUCAGAUUUGUAGAACGAUCUGAUCAACUGGAUUACGUUUACAUCGAGAAAACCGGUGCGGGAUGUUAUAGCUAUAUCGGUCGAAUUGGAGUCGCACAAACGGUUUCCCUGGACAGCGGCUGUUUUAAUGAUGGGCUUCCAGGGACAGCCAUACACGAGCUAAUGCAUGCGCUGGGUUUCUUCCACGAGCAGAGCCGAACUGACCGCGAUGAUUACAUCAUCAUAAACUAUCCCAACAUUCAACCUGGCACUGAGGCUAAUUUUCUUUCUUACGGCCCGGAUGUUAUCCAAUAUCUCGGAGCAUCGUACGACUACGGAUCCGUUAUGCACUACGGGGCUUAUAGUUUCCCAAUUGAUCCCAGUAUCCCUACCAUCAUUACUCGACAGCCAGGCGUCGAGAUCGGUCAAAGAAAAGGAUUUAGUGAAGUGGAUAUUUUCAAACUGAACGCCCUUUACAAAUGCAAUCCAGCCCAAGAAUAAAAAGGGCUGUAAACAGCUGGUGAUAGUUUUCUUCCCAAUAUUCUAGUAAAUACCCCAGAGAAAAGUGCACACACUAUUUUAGUACCAACAACAUUUUCCUGAAAUGAAAAUAAAACUAGUGCAGCUUCUUACUGCACGAAUUUUUGUUGUUGUA